GCCCGAGCGUGCUCGGAGGCCGGUACCGUCCGGCCCUGGGCGGUGGUUUCCGUGAGUAGCCGCCCGGCGCAGCGGCCGGCCCGGACAUGGCCUCCUUCAUCGCUCAUCCUUCCGUACGCAUCAAAGGAACAGAACACAGCUACAGCCCGGUCCUGUGCCAAGAUGACCAGUGUGCUGCCAGUAUCAAAGGGAGGCACACCCACUGUCCAUUCUGCAGCAUUUCAGAGGCUUAUCAGGACCCGUUCAUUCUCCGGGCUCACUACCGGGUCAAACACGUGGACAAGGGGCUUGACUUUGCAGCUGAAACCUUGUCUGUUGGCGCAUCUGCCAUGCCGGGACAGAGACUUUCCCAGAUUAGAAGGCGGAAAAAGAAGACUCGGGCGGACAUGUUCAAUGAGUUAAUGUGCGCCUCCGAGAGUGACAAGUCGGAAUGGAGGAUUGCACUCUCUGAGAACCUGGCCAUGCACAGGGAGGACAGGAGAGCAUGCAGGGAACACGAGCAUGCCACGCAGGAAGAGAUGCUGCGGAUUAUGAAGGAGCAAUCAGACAUGUUGAGGCGUCUGGUUGAGGUUCAAGAAAAGCAGCCGGAUGCUAGAGUCCCGCUGCAGCCUAUGCUGAACCUGCUGCUAUCAUUGCCCAGUUCCACAUCCUCCUCCCCCAAAUGUCCUAUGAGGCGGGGGGAGUGGGGAGAGGGAGUUUGGUAUCCCUUGCACUCAACACCAGGGGAGGGUACAAGGACUAGAAGGCGCCCAUUCCCACACCUUUGAUUGUUAUUGCAGUGCAUCUGUAAGCAAGCUUUUCUUGCUUUCCACAGUCUUAUCAGCCCUUUUGCCCCAGGUUAUCUUACUUUUCUUUGC